AUGUAUAAAUUAGACCCGCAGUUACUGCAACAGCAGUAAUAAAUCCUUGAAAACGAGACUGCUGAGGAAGUUACUGAAGAUAUGAUCCUCAACUACACUGACUGUAAACGGCUUUAAGAUGUGUUGGUUGUUUCCCUUCGAUCUAAGAAUCUUGUGAAGUGCUUUAAUGUAUUAAGUCAGUGCACUAAUUUGCAAGUAGCUUUUUUAUCUCAUAACCGACUCAGCUUCUUUCAAGAUUUGAACAAUCUACAGCGCAUGAACAACCUGGUCAAAGUCAAUCUUUCUCACAAUCAAAUCGUGCUGCUUCCUGCAUUCCAUAGUCUGGGCACUCUUAAGAAUCUGCGUAUACUAAUGCUUGAUCACAAUCUAAUACAAAAUUGGAGCAACUUAGAGUCGCUUACUUCUCUAUCGGACACUUUGUAUCACUUAACUCUCAGCAAUAAUCCUAUUUCUCAAGUGAGUGGCUACCGGCAUUAUCUGGUGACCAAGCUUUCAGGUUUAAAGGCCCUGGAUGAAUACAUUAUAACAGAUGAGGAGAGAAUGGAAGAUGUAGGAUUCGGACUUAGAUUCAGAGCGCUAAGUCCAUUUAUGAGACUCUACAUUCCUGAGUUCAAAGAAGAUCUUAAUGCUGAAUAGCAUCUAUUCCAGGUUGAAUUAGAGAUAUACAAGUUGAAGAGAUUAUUUGAAAAAAAUAGUCCGUCUAUAAGAAUUCAAUCUUUAUUCAGAGGCUAUAAGCGCAGAGUGGCACACUCUCAGUAUUUUGAAAAGCGCUAGAAAAGCAUCAUAUACAUCUAAAAGAUGGUGAGAGGCUGGCUGCAACGACUUAGAAUGAAAAGAGAGUUGAGGUUUUUGAUGAAACUCUAAGGCCUUGAGUAUCUCACUAUGACUAACACAGAACUUAUGUACUACAAUGCUAGGCUUAUCCUGGAGAAGCCAUUUAGAGCCUAUGUUUGGAGGCGCAGAGCUCAAAAGCUAAAACUCAAAAUGAUCUUAAGAAUACAAACUGCUUAUAGAGCCUUUAAAGCUAGAGAGUUUUCUUAUAUAAAGGCUAUGAGGAUUGAAGAGUACCCAGUUAUAUAUUUCUUGAAGGAACAGAGAGCCAAAUUUAGAGACUUGAUAGAGAAGACCUGCAAAAAUCUGAAGAUUCAAACUUCGUUCACGGACAUCUAUAAGAACUUUGUGUCUCAUGGCUCUGAAUUCUGCACCUUGAGAUAUCCAGACUUUAGUGAGCAUAGAUAUAAUACUCUGAUGCUGGUUCAUAAUUUAAUGCCCAGUAUGAUUACCAAGGUGACAAAGGUCAAUAGCGCUAAGCUAUUUCAAAAUACUCGAAGAAGCACUAAAUUCUUUAUGUGCUAGUUUGGGCAUUAAAAAGCAGAAAAUAUUCAGAAGUUGCAAAGGUUGAGACAGAGAAAUUGUGGUGUAGAUAUCGUCAAGAUGAAACGCAUAAUUGCAGAAAGAAAUAAAAAUUACGAUCAUUAUCAGGACUUUGAUUCCUUUUUCUUUCCCAAUCUGAAUUUCGCAAAAGCACUUAUAAACACAGUGAAAGAUUUCAAUAGAUUUUCACCAGAAAAGCAAGUGCUUAUGUUCUUCAAAUACCCCUUGAUCAAAGUCUAAGCUGCCAUCACAAUCUAAACUGCAUUUAGGCAUUACCUCUGGAGAAAAAAUGAAAAUACUUUUAAACUUAUUGAAUAAAUCAUUGAGAACAGAGCUUCACUGUGCCUGCAGUCUCGUUGGAAAAAUCUGAAAGUCACUAGAAGAUUUAAGUUCUUGCAUAAUCUUAAAAUUUACCUUGAGAAAAUAGAUUCUAAUGUCAUUUACCUGGAGGAAUAGAUUUAUCUGCAAUUACCAACUAUUAUUUAGAAUAUAAAUUCAAGAUCGACUAAGUUCACUGACUAAUUCAUCAAAUAUCAAUUUGACUCCUCAACACAUGCAAUACUCAUUAAUAACUAUAAAAACCCCAGAUUUGAGUUUUCCAUUCUUCCCAGAUGGGUAUUUGAUCCAAAGCUUGAAACUAUAAGUAAAGCUGAUGAUUCAAUAACCCCAAUCGGAAUUAAAAUCAAGAAUUCAGUUGAGCUUUAUGAUGAUGAUAUCAUGGCAUUAAUACAUUACACUGAUGGAAAUAUAGACUCAUCCCUUAAAGACUAUAAUUAAAUUGCAAACUAUGUUAACAAAACAAUCGAUCUCAAGAAAGGCCUGAAGUUUAUAGAGAUUUCCUGUUCUAAUGUGCUUGAAGCUAAGAGACGUGCAAUGACAAUAGCUUUGCUCACAUUCUUACUAAAGAAUCAGGUGUUCAUUUAAGUUUUCACUUAGAAGUAAAUUGAAGAGGGGUUCUUUCUAAACAGAUUAAGAGAUCUUUGGGAGGCUUUCGGAUUCUCAUUCACAUAGCAUGAUAUUAUUUAAAUGCAAAGAACCUCAGACUCUACAUAUAAAUAGCAGUUAAAAGGAAUAGACAUCAUACUUUCAGGAAAAGAUCUUGAAAGGUACGCUGGUUAGAUAGACAAAGACCCAUACUAUUAGAGGCAAGACUGCUUUUUAGAAUCUGGAAAAGGUAUCGAUCUGUAUUCAAAUUCAUUUACUCUCAAAACAAAGCCUUAAAUACUUACAAAAGAUCAAUCUGAAACAAAUCUAUCAAAUGUGGAAUAGUUUAGUAUUUACGAUGCAAGCAGCAGAGACAUCAAUGCCAGUCCAUAAAAAUUUGCACCAUUUAAAAAGGUAAUUGUCAAGCCUAAGAAAAAUAUAAUAUCCUAUUCCUAAUAAGUGUCACCUGUUAGUACCUCUAUCACGUUAAGAACAGAUAUUGAGAUGAAACUGUACGAGAUGUCUAUGUAGUAAAAAGAAGAAGAUUUCAUCAGCUCAAGGGAUCUCACGGAUAGACUGAACUUUGCUAAAUUGGCUGAAAUUGAAAAUAAAAGGCAAGAUGUGUCUAGUGUGAGAGAGUUUAAAGAUUAUAUCAAAGGACUUGGACAGCAAAUGCAGGAGAAACAGCUUGAGCAGUUCAUACAAUUUAAGAGAGAGCAAAAAGAACUAAUUAGUAGUAUAAUAGUAAGAGAGAAAGAGAGGAAGUUCUUUGAAAAUCUUAAUAAGAAACUGAAUGUAAUGACAUUCAAGCAAGAUAGAGAGAAAAGAAGAGAGGAAGUCAACUUUUCUAAGAAUUUAGGUGCCCAACUCAACAUGCUAAACAAGGUGUCACUGUAAGCAUUCAGAAGGAAAGGAUAUCAGGAUGACAUUAGAGAAAGAUAGCAUCAGCAUUCGAUGCUUAAAAGUAAAAGUAGACAUGCCUAAAGUGUCCUUAAUAAUACCUAGAAUAUCAAUAAAGUAAAUUUGAGCGAUUCAUUUGCAAAUUACUUUGACAUCCACGAUUCAAAUUAGGCCAAAUCUACUUAGAUUUCUCCAAGACCUCAAGCAGGCACAUACCUCGUAAGUGACACUACUUAUGGCAAUAUUCUUCCAACUACUGUAUCGAAGUAGCAAGUGAGGGAUGAACUGCUUGACAGCAGCAAAUUUAGCAACAUCAUAGAUUCAAAGUAUCAAUCCUUUAUUAGACAAUACGAAAGGGCUAAGGUAACGAGUAAAGCGAAAACUCAGAUCAGUCCAGGAAUGAGUGAGGAAAAGGACAUAAUGGUACUUAAUGAGUCGGUUUAACUGCCAGCCUUUCCAAUGAAGGUAACAAGGAAUGCUUUCUAAAGAUCAUAUUAAAAGAAGAGAAUCAUCUAGGUUCAAAUGAUGGAGAACAGCCAAUCUCUGAACAAUACCUCUACCUAUCACAUGGGAUCUGGAGCUUCAUUCAUGGAGCCUACAUACGCCUUAGGAAUGAUUCAAAAUAGAAGUAAUCAGGGAAUGCUUUCUGGACAAUUGAAUGCAACCUAGUAAGAUAUUGGAAUGAUGGAAUCAUCUUUGGGAUUCGGUCAUAUGAAAACGAGCAUUGGAAUGUCCAAAGAAAAAGAUGAGAUAAAGAGUAAUAAAACCAUAAACGAGCACAUAAUAUGGCAAGGAAUUCCAUAGAAUAGUUUGAAGCUAGGCAGACUAAAAUGA